ACAUCUCUGAGAUUGUCGAGGACCACAAUCUCGGUCCAGAACACUACGAUCUCUAUGGCAAAUAAAAAAGCCAAGGUCAGCUUCCUUGGAGCAUGUCCCAUUUAAAUUUUCUCAACACUUUGAACCUGUCAUAUAACAACUUUUCUGGAAGAAUCCCAUUAUCAACCCAAAUGCAGACCUUUGAUGCUUCUGCAUUUGUUGAUAAUCUUGAACUCUAUUGGCUUCCUCUAAGACCAACUUGCCUGGAAGAAGAAAAAUCAAAGAGCAAACCAACAAACUGUUGUGGCAAAGACAACAAAGAAGACAGUAGAAUUCUGGAAAUCGUUUGAACUGGGUAUGGAACUAGGAGCAAUCAUUGGUUUUGUGGGAGUCUGGUUGUGAAGUUAAAUCAUCCUUGGAAACAUCUGUUGUUCAACAAAUUGAGAGUCUGCCUCAACAACUUGAAAGAGUGCCUUUAUUUAAUUGUAGCAACAUUUCGUUUGCUAGUGACAGAGCAUGUCCCCGGAUUGUGAAUAAAAUUGAAGUUUUAAGAGCCAUCAGUCUCCCCCUACAGCCUGGAGAAGUAGAGUUGUUGGCUGUAAACCUAUACAAAGUUGCUGAAACCUCAUUGCCGAAAUAUCAAAGUUUUACUAGUAUAUAGAGGGAGCCCUAGGUUUCUGAAACUUUCAUAAUUGGAAUCAGAUAAGGGUUUAGGGAAGCAAAAACAUUUAGUCUGAUUGAGCUGCUCAUGAACUUGCUUUUAUACUUUGUUGAAUGGUGGGUUUACUUUAAGAUAUUAUUAAGACUUAUAAAGAAAAGGUUUUUCAUUUUUGGCUAGAUUAAGUCCAUGUGUAAAAGUAGAAUUUGGACUAGGUUCUUCCUUUCUGGCUGGAUCGGGAAAAAUAGAAAACAGAGUGUGGUAGUAUAUAUGUUCCGUCACGCUCCCAGCUUUUUUUUUAUUUACUUUCCUUUAGAAGAAUUCAGUGCACAAUCCAAUAUCUUUUAGAAAAAAUACGUACUUACAGGAGAAAUAAAGAAUCCGGAGAAAAUUCCAACUUAUGGUGGUCACCAAGUUGUCCUUACAUGCAUAGUCUGCUUACAAUAAAUUAAUUAGAUUCUUUCUUGACUCGUGGUGAUCACGAAGUUGCCCAUUUAUGCAUACAAGUCUACCUACAAUGAAUUCCAAUCUUAUUGAUCUUAACAACUCAAUGGUCUUGACCUCAGAAUCUGGAGAAGAUAUCAUAUAUGGUGUACCUACAAUAAAUUAAUGCAUCAUUUUUAAUUCUUUUAUGUUCCCUGUUGACAUUGUUCAAUCUAUGCGUUCCAUUGCGGCUAUUUAUAUACAUAAGCAGAAAGGUUCCGAAACUCAAAUAGUUGAACCAAAAGGUAAAAUUUGGAUCAAUUUUCCUUGACAGUUUUCAUUUUUGUUCAGGUAAAUUAAUCUUAAUUUUGUUCUUAUCAGGCUAAGUGAAUAUAAUGGUUUUGGGUAAACAUAAAUUUCAUUUCUCUUUGAGGUUUUUGAUUUAAGGAGCUCCUGCUCAUAAAUCAAAGGUCAAGUCUUCAUUUUGUAUUUGCAUGGAUGCUUCCGAGAGAGAACUAAAAUUUCCAAAGUUAAUUAAUUCAAUUCUGUCUUGUUUUCUAGCUUGAGAGAAAGAGACCAGGGUAGGCAAGUCAACAAGUCAAUGGUCUUCCAUUUCUUUUAAGUUGCUUAAGCAUGUUGCACACUCUGAUUUGUAUUGUUGAAUUCCAUUUGGCCCACUAUACCUUUCAGUUCAAAAUUUCUAAACUGUCAUCUUCCUUAGGUUAGACUUUCAUAGCUUUAUAACCUUUUUUGUUCAAAGCACAUAAUAAGAUAAGAAUUAUAGGGCUCAUUAAAAUCAUAUUGUCCAAAUAAGUAAUUUUUUUUAACACAAUCAUAGUCCAAAUAAUUAUGUACACCCAUAAUUUCAACAUAACCAUUUCACACCAUCAUGUUGCAUUACUUCACUGAAAAUAAGAGAGUAAAUCACCUGAGGAGGUUGUUUUAAGUUUCAACAUCCUUCUUCACACUUCGAGGACUCAACUUAUCUAUUGUGUCUUGCUGGUGUAAUGAUAAUAACAAAUAACAAAUCAAAAUCUGUUUGUGUGGUUUGUAUCUUCUAUUGUAAGAAGAGCUAACUGCAGCUUGCUAUGAAACUAGAUAGGACUACAAUCUGAAUUGUGAUUUAUGUGUACUAAAUUAUGAUUUAUGUG